AUGGGAGGAUUGUUUUGUAAACGUUGGGGUUUACAAUCUCCAUUUGAUUUUAAAUUUAAAGAACCACAGAAUGCAUCAGAUGAAGAUUAUGAUCAAGAUGGUCAAUAUGUUGGUAAUGGAGAUCAACAGACUAUCAUGAGUGGUGUGAUUGCUAGAUAUCAAGUUGGUUGUGUUUGGCAGCUUAUUAGUAUUAGUUUUAGUGAUCUGGACAACCCUCCAAAGCAUGAAACCAUCAUGAGCUUAGAUAAAGAACUAGAAAAGGUCGAAGCCAACUUUCCUAGUUGGUUUAGAACACGUUAUGAAUCCGAUACAUCUUCCAUCUCUCCUCCUUCAACAGAUAACCCAAUGUUUGAUAUUGAUAGAUUGAGCACUUAUGCUGUUUUGGCUGGUGCUCAAAUUCGUUUACAUCGAUCAUUUAUUUCUCCAAGAGAAGGUGUCACCUUGGCUGAUGUAGAGUUGCAUAGAAAAAGGAUCCUUUAUUAUGGUCGUUUUCUGCUUGAGAUACAAAAGCGAAGAGACUUCUUCUCACUAAAACGCGUUCCCUUUCAGUUUUUUGCGCUCAGCGCUGGGAUUGCAUUAGCAGUCUAUUGUCUUACAUCAGAGCCAGGUGCAAGAGAAUGCGCAAGUUUGAGGUAUGAUUUACAGUUAUUAUGCUCUGUUUACCAGCCUUUUAUCCAGUCAAGCUCUAUCUUACGUAGAUCACAUGGAGCUCUUAUCUUUUUACUCCAAAGUGAUACAGAGAGGUUAUCUAAAUUUCAUUCAAGUGAGAAUGAUGAGUCAAUGAGCUCAGUCCUUGAUGAGGAUCACUCGAGACAAAACCAUUCACUCACUCCAGAUCAAGGUCCAUCUUCUUUCUUCAAAUUCACCAUCACUUCAUCCCCUGGUCCAAGUGAGAAUUUGGUUGAAUCUGAUCAAGAUCACACCAAAUUCUACUUUUACUCACAAGUUUAA